CUUUUCUACUAAAAAAAAGAAUUUUGAGAAAGCUUUUAUUUUGUUUUUCAUUUGGUCUCUCUCUCUUUCUCUCUCUUUGCUCUUUCUAGUUCAUAUGAAUUUCUUGAAAGACAAUUUUUUUUGGAUCUAACCAAUUUGUCGACUUCACUACUUUUGUUUUCUGAGUGUGUAAGAUUUAGGGUUCAAGGUUUAUCUUUGAUUCUCAAAAUUAUAAAACAAAGAAACUGACCAAGUUGUUGAGCUAAAGAGUAGAGUUCUGAUUGAAGCAUCAUCAAGGCAGUUUAGGUUCAGCAGUAAUGAAGAGCGAACAGGAACUACAAUCUUCCACUCAAGCUUCACAAGAGUCCCAAGGUGAACAGAAACUUAACCAAUCAAUAGAUGCUCCUCCUAUACAAGAUGCCGUUUCUGUAUCUGCUUCAAGCAAUGAUAGUAGGAAAGUCUCAAGACAAGAUAUUGAACUCGUCCAGAAUUUGAUAGAAAGAUGUCUUCAGUUGUACAUGAACAAAGAUGAGGUGGUGAAGACCCUCUUGACUCGGGCAAGGAUAGAACCUGCCUUUACUAGCUUGGUUUGGCAGAAACUUGAAGAAGGAAACGCAGAGUUUUUCAGGGCUUAUUACAUAAGGUUGAAGCUGAAGAAGCAAAUAGUUAUAUUCAAUCAAUUACUUGAGCACCAAUACCAUCUCAUGAAGUAUCCUCCUGUUCCUCCAAAGAUUCCUCUGGCACCAAUGCAAAACGGAAUGCAUCCCAUGGCACCUGUAGUUGGCAUGCAAAUAGGAUAUCCAGUACUACAACAUCCUCAAAUGCAUGUUCAAGGCCAUCCCCAUAUCGCUGCUGCAACCGCAAUGUCAAGCUGCCAUGUUGUUAACGGAGUCCCUGCACCUCCGCAUCUCCAGCCAUUGAGGAUGAACUCAACGAAUGAAAACGUGGAAGAUGCAAAUCCUCCUCAAGUGGUUCCACCAAGCAGUGGUGAGAUGGCAGUGAGUCCAGCUUCUGUGGCAUCAAGCGGACACUUUCCAUUUGCUGAUUCAGACAUGGUAAUGGACACUUCAGUGCUUGAUUCUGAGUUCACCACGGCUGAUGUUGGAGCAGAUGGAGGAGGAGGAGGAGCUGGGGAUACCACAGAGUCAUUUGAUCAGAUUCCCUGGGAUUUUAGCCUUUCUGAUCUCACUGCAGAUCUGUCAAACUUGGGAGAUGUGUAUGUUGAAGAUUUAGGAAACUAUACUGGCUCUCCCUUUCUUCCAUCUGACUCAGAGAUUUUGCUGGAUUCUCCUGACCAAGAGGACAUAGAGGAGUUUUUCGCGGAUUCUGUGCAUGUGCCUCCCUGUUCUAAUUUAGACGAAGAGAAGCCUUGAAUAAUAAUAACCUUCUUCAGAGAAAACAAGCAGCAUCGUUUUUUUUUUACUUAAAUAAAAAAUAUAACUACUGCUGUUAGAGUAUUUAUGAAUAAGAAAGAGGUUUAGAAUGAACAAAAGCAGUUGUUACUUGAUGAUGAGUGAGUGUCUUCUUGUAAUCCUCUACUAUUACAUUCUGCAAUCGGCUUCUUUAGCAUUUUUUUAAA